AGUUGCCACCGCUUUUUGGGUUUGACGGAUCGACGUGUACAAAAAUGGAUUAAUACUCUUAAGUUCUUUCAAUCUUCAAUUAAUAAUUUUUUACUGGAAAAUAAAUAGGAUAAUAGAAUUUUCGUAAAUAUGGAAGAAGAAUUAUUAACUUCUAAUUCGAAGAAAAAUGUAUUUUCUCAACUAUGCACCAGGAUAUCACAGUGGUACCAAGGAGUGGUGGACAAGACAGUGCCCUGGCGAAAGGGUAGAUGGGUAGCUGCCAUACUUCUCAUAGCCGGGUUUUUAGCCAGAGUGCUAUUGGCACAGGGCUGGUAUAUAGUCACAUAUGCAUUAGGUAUAUAUCAUUUAAAUCUGUUUAUAGCAUUUCUCACACCAAAAAUCGAUCCUGCAAUGGACUUUGAUGGCGACGAAGGCGGUCCCGAACUACCCACUAGAGCCAAUGAAGAGUUCAGGCCAUUCAUAAGAAGACUACCAGAAUUCAAAUUUUGGUAUUCAGUAACGAAGAGUACACUCAUUGGUUUAAUUUGUACGUUCUUCGAUUGCUUCAACAUACCUGUAUUCUGGCCAAUAUUAGUCAUGUAUUUUAUAACUUUGUUCUGUAUUACUAUGAAGAGGCAAAUAAGGCACAUGAUAAAAUACAGGUAUUUGCCUUUCACACAUGGCAAACCGAAAUACCAGGGUCAUGAGGAGACGACGGGGAAGGUUAUAAUAUCCCCAAAGUGACAGAGGAUGUAAUUUAUUAACUCGAUUUAUUAUAAAAACAAUUUUGCAAUUUGUAUACAAGUAAAAUAAAGUAUUUAGGUCAAGAG